CCUUUUUUUAGCUCCAAAUCAAAAUCCUCUUUCUUUCCCAUACUUGUUUUGAGAUUUUAGAAGAGUUGUUUCAUGUUUGCUUCACGCAAAAACCUAACUAUUAUUGAGGUUAAGCCUUUGCUUCAUCUCGUGGCUUUAAAGCUUUCUUCUAACCUUUUUUAAACCCUUCACUUAAAUAUAUAUUAACCCACCAAACCUUUAUAUUCAUACAUAAUCACUCUCUUAUUCUUCUCCUUCUCCUUCUCUUUUCUCUUUCUUCUUUCUCUCUCUCUCUUCCUCAUUUUCAUUGCUAUGUAUGAAUCUCAUAAACCCUACUUGCCCUAGCUUUGCCCUAGCUAAUUAAUCAUAAGAAAAAAAAUAGUGCUAAGUGAUACAAUUUUCAAAAAUGAGUAUAAACUCUAGUUGCAGCGGUAGCGGUGGUGGUUGUAGUGGUGGUGGAAGUGGUGGAAAUGGUGGUGUUUGUGGUCCUUGCGGUGCGUGCAAGUUUUUGAGGAGGAAGUGUAUUCCGGGUUGUAUCUUUGCGCCUUACUUCGAUUCGGAGCACGGCGCUUCACAUUUCGCGGCCGUUCAUAAGGUUUUUGGUGCUAGCAAUGUUUCGAAGCUGUUGCAAAAUGUUCCGGUGCACAAACGUUUUGAUGCAGUUAUCACCAUUUGUUAUGAAGCUCAAGCAAGGUUGAGAGAUCCUGUUUAUGGUUGUGUUGCUCAUAUCUUUACCCUUCAGCAACAGGUGAUGAGUUUACAAGCAGAACUCUCCUACUUACAAGGUCACCUAGCUACAUAUGAAGUCCCUCAACCACCAACACCUUCUCCACCACAAGCAUUUCCAAUGGUCUCUUCUUCAUCCAUUCCACCCACAUAUGACUUGUCUUCACUCUUUGAUCCUAUGGCACAAACUUCUGCAUGGGCCAUGCAUCAAAGGCCUAAUGAGCCUCGUCAAUAUUUGGGUAGUGGCACAUCAACACCAAGUAGCAAUAAUGGUGGGGAUCUUCAAGUAUUGGCAAGAGAGCUUUUGCAUAGAUAUGGAUCUGCUCCAUCCUCUCGUUCUCUUUCCAAAUGACCAAUCUUUGAUUUAAUCAACUAAACUAAUCUUUGUUUUUAGUUGAUAUAUUGAUACUAGGAAGGAUCUUGAUUUUUCAGUGUUUGAUAUUGAGAAAGUAAUUAUAUUCA